UUCUCUCUCUUUAAUGUAGCAAUUACACCUCUUUCGCUCACCAUUAAAUGCAAUUGCACCAUCUCAAUACGCUCAGCAAUAACUCUCUCAUCCAUCAUCGCUGCCUCAUUUUUCUCCAUCCGUUUUCCUCCUCUCUUUCUCUUUCUCCUCCCUUUCUUUUUCUUCUUCAAUUCCUUUGUCUCCCCCUCUUCCUCUUCUUUCUCCCUGAAAACCCUUCUAUCUCAUAAACACACACAUCCAUCACUAGCUACAUAAAACCCUUCUUUUCUCAUUUUCAUCUUUCAUAAGAAAAAGCUCCUUCUUCUUUCUCCAAAGCAGAUCUAUUUAUUUAUCACUUUAAUUUCUAGCUACUUUCAUUCUCCAGCAACUACCACCCACUGUGACACAUUAGCGUUACUGAGACACCGCCAGAACCGACAGAAUCUACAAGCUCUUCAUUCAUCGAUCGUAUAUAAGAAGGAUCUGAAGGAAAUCCUAUAUCUGAAGAAACAAUAGAGAGAAAAAGGAAAGGAGGGAUUUGAAUUGAUCUUGUGUGAAAUAUGCCCGCUGGUAUUAUGAUACCUGCGAUGAACAUGCCCUCAAUGCUUGGAAGAAACGGUGACGUUGGUGGCAGUUUUGGAUUUUCUUCAAGUCUCUCUCUUUCCCAGCCGCACCUAAUGGAAGCUCAUCAUCAGCUCCACCACCACCUUGACAUGGCUCCUCAGAACACCACCUCCGAGAGCGACAUCGCCGCCGCGGUGAGAAUCCGUGGAGAAGACGAGUUCGACAGUGCCACCAAGUCCGGCAGCGAAAACCAAGAAGGUGGCGCCUCUGGAGGAGACCAGGACCCUCGUCCUAACAAGAAAAAGCGCUACCACCGCCACACUCAGCACCAGAUCCAGGAAAUGGAAUCUUUUUUCAAGGAGUGCCCACACCCUGAUGACAAGCAGAGGAAGGAGUUGAGCAGGGAGUUAGGGUUAGAGCCAUUGCAGGUCAAGUUUUGGUUCCAGAACAAGCGCACUCAGAUGAAGACACAGCAUGAGAGGCAAGAGAACACGCAGCUUAGGACUGACAAUGACAAGCUUCGUGCGGAUAACAUGAGGUUGAGGGAAGCUCUUAGCAAUUCUUCGUGUCCUAAUUGUGGUGGACCAACCGCUAUUGGAGAAAUGUCAUUUGAUGAACAUCACUUGAGGCUUGAAAAUGCCAGGCUAAGAGAAGAGAUUGAUAGGAUUUCAGCCAUUGCUGCAAAGUAUGUGGGGAAGCCGGUGGUGAGCUACCCACUCCUUUCUCCGCCAUCUGCUCCUUCGUGUCCUCUAGAACUCGGAAUAGGCGGCUUUGGAGGCCAACCAGGCGUUGGUGGUGACAUGUAUGGAGCCGGAGAGCUUCUCAGGUCAAUCAGUGGACCUACUGAAGCUGACAAACCAAUUAUAAUAGAGCUCGCUGUCGCAGCCAUGGAGGAGCUCAUUGGAAUGGCACAAAUGGGUGAGCCUCUUUGGCUGACCAAGCUGGAUGGCACCACAACCGUGCUCAAUGAGGAUGAAUACAUCAGGUCCUUUCCCCGAGGAAUUGGUCCUAAGCCAGAUGGGUUCAAGUGUGAGGCUUCACGAGAAACUUCUGUUGUCAUCAUGAACCAUGUUAACCUGGUUGAGAUUCUGAUGGAUGUGAACCAAUGGUCCACAGUGUUCUCUGGUAUCGUCUCAAGGGCAAUGACUCUAGAAGUGCUAUCAACUGGGGUAGCGGGAAACUACAAUGGUGCCUUGCAAGUGAUGACAGCUGAACUGCAAGUGCCUUCACCUCUUGUGCCAACUAGGGAGAGUUAUUUUGUGAGGUAUUGUAAGCAGCAUGCUGAUGGGACUUGGGCAGUGGUGGAUGUGUCCUUGGAUAAUUUGCGCCCUAGUCCUUCUGCUAGAUGUAGAAGAAGGCCUUCUGGUUGCUUAAUCCAAGAAAUGCCCAAUGGCUACUCAAAGGUCACCUGGGUUGAGCAUGUAGAAGUGGAUGAAAGAGGUGUUCACAAUCUAUACAAGCAGCUUGUUAGCUCUGGACAUGCAUUUGGUGCAAAACGUUGGAUUUCAACCUUAGAUCGACAAUGUGAAAGGCUUGCUAGUGCCAUGGCAACUAACAUUCCCACAGUUGAUGUUGGCGUGAUAACAAACCAAGAUGGGAGAAAGAGCAUGUUGAAACUGGCUGAGAGGAUGGUUAUAAGCUUUUGUGCUGGAGUCAGUGCUUCCACUGCUCACACAUGGACAACAAUCUCCGGGACUGGAGCUGAAACUGAUGAUGUUCGGGUCAUGACCCGAAAGAGUGUGGAUGACCCAGGUAGGCCUCCGGGUAUCGUCCUUAGUGCUGCAACUUCUUUUUGGCUUCCAGUGCCACCUAAGAGGGUCUUUGAAUUUCUCCGCGAUGAGAACUCUAGAAGUGAGUGGGAUAUCCUUUCCAAUGGUGGAGUAGUUCAAGAAAUGGCACACAUUGCUAACGGACGAGAUACUGGAAAUUGUGUCUCUCUACUUCGAGUGAAUAGUGCUAAUUCUAGCCAAAGUAACAUGUUAAUACUGCAAGAGAGUUGCACGGACUCUACGGGCUCAUUCGUGAUCUAUGCUCCUGUGGACAUUGUUGCUAUGAAUGUGGUUCUAAAUGGAGGGGACCCGGACUAUGUAGCCCUUCUACCUUCAGGGUUUGCUGUGCUCCCAGAUGGGACCACAGCACAUGGAGGUGGCAUUGGCGAAACUGGCCAUGGUGGUUCGCUUUUAACUGUUGCGUUUCAGAUUUUGGUGGAUUCAGUUCCGACGGCAAAGCUUUCUCUUGGAUCUGUUGCGACGGUUAAUAAUCUCAUUGCUUGCACUGUUGAGAGGAUUAAGGCUGCCUUGUCUGGUGAAGUUGCAUGAGCUUUAAGUCCUAUGGAACUGGUAACUGAUGUUCAAGGUGAAGAAGGACAAAAGGGGUGUAUUACAUUUUGGAUAAUUCAGAAGGCGUUGAGAAAUUCGGCCUAUAAACAAGGAAUGGGGAGAAGUCAAGAGCGAACCUUGCGUGAUCCCUUCUCAGAACUCUAAACAGAGUACUGAGAGGAUUAAGGUUCGGGAAUUGACUUCCCUAGAUAUAGUAAAUGCUAUAAGAGCUAAAAUUAAGACCUUACUUCUCUACACCUUCUAAUCAAGACUAUAUAUUUAUAGUUAAUUAGGGUUAGCUUUUGUGAUGAUUAAAAUGUAGCUUUGAUGUAACCUCUCAUGUUCCUUCUUCUGUUGUUAUUUGUGUAUUUUAGAACAAGCACUAGCACUAGCUAGUAAAUUGGAAUCUUUCCCCUUUAGCAUAUAGUGGUUAGCUUUUCUCACCGCACCUGAUUUGUCCUUUCAAGGGUUUUGAAAUGGGUGUUUGCUUCCAUUUUGCCAAUGACUUCAUGUAUGGGGUUGCUCUUUUUGACCAAUGACUUCACCCAAAAAAGAAAGGAGAAGAAUUUGAUAAAGCAACAUUUAUCAUGUGUUCUGUUUUUUCAAUAUAAAAAAGACACGUGAGAUAAUUUCUCACAUUAAUUUA